UUCUUCUUGAAGUUGAAGGAUUUUCUACGUGGUUGAUGGUACUGUUACACUCGCUGUUCUAGCUCAGACUGCUCAGUCAUAUGUUCUGCAAUGCGUUUGGCGAAAUGGGCUUUCUCUGUGCUAAAGCAAUAUCCGCGGCCCAGUUGUUAUAAAGAUUCUUCACGUCUCCUAGGUUGAGAAUUUCCUCCCACGAGAGUUUGUUGCUUGAGCAUGAAUCCCUGAACGCGAGCAUCUGGAAGCACGGGAACGAUAUAUGCCUGUGGAUUAGUCUCCCUGGGGAUUACAUUCCACGGCUCGACCGCAUUCAGUCCAGUAUUUGCACUCGUUUUCAGUAUACCACAUUGAAUUUUCUCCAGAGUCUCAAUUGCUCAGGGCGAUCGGGGUUGCGGGUGCCAGUUCGUUUCUACUAAGAUUAGUUGUCACUCGGCCCUCAAGUGCUCGUCUAUAUCUUUUGGGGUCUUGGAGACUUGGUGAGGUUGGGUGAUACAUAAAAAGCUUCUGGAAAUGCCGGUGGCCCCUUCUGGAUGCUGGUCCUUAUGGAUCUGUACCGUUUGGGCAACUGCCAGGCUUUCAAUGUAGCAUUUCAAAAGCUAGGGUUGGACUGUGCAAAUUGGACUGAACCUAUCUAUUUUGAUCUUGUAAGGAAGAGUUCUGGUGAUGAGGAAAGGAUGCUAAUAUUAUUUUUUAACAGGAUUGGUUGGCCUACUUCAUUGCCCACAAGUGAGAAAGGAACAUUCAUGAAAAGUGUUCUGAGAGAAAAGAAAAAUGCAUUGGAGGAAUUUGUAAUGGCAAAAAGUCUACCUUUACGACCCGGGGUAGAAGAUUUUAUAGAUGAUGCAUGUAAUGAAGGAAUUCCAGUGGUAAUACUAAAAGCCUACUGUAAGAAUGGUGACAAGAUAGCCAGAUCCAUUAUUGAAAAACUAGGAAAGGAACGGCUAUCGAAGACGAAGAUCGUUGGGAAUGAGGAGGUGGAACAAAGUCUCUAUGGACAACUUGUACUUGGUAAAGGAAUGUCUUCUGGUUUGGAUGAGCAAUUAGCUAUGGAAGCUAAAAAAGCAGCUUCUGCUGAGAAACAAAGGAUAGCGAAGGAGGUUGCAUCCGUGCUGAAGUUGAGUGUGGAUAUUGAUACUAGCUCUACUGAAAGCUCACAGAAGAUUGUGGCUGCACUGCGUGCUGGAGCAGAACUUGCAGAGGUACCUGUAUUCAACUGUGUGCUUAUUGCAGGAAGCCAAUCAGGACUGGCUGGAGCUCAACGAGUAGGGAUGCCAUGUAUUGUUGUCCGUAGCAGUUCAACAUCUAGAGCUGAGUUUCCUUCAGCUAGUGCUGUAAUGGAUGGGUUUGGAGGGGCAGACCUGACAAUUUCGAAACUGCAUCAAAAGCGAUGGUCAUGAAAUCCUACAUAGCUGAGUUUCUUUUGCAUGGUCUACAUAUUGUUGAUUUUGUGUGGAGGAUCAUCUGCAUCAGGUAAGCACCGUUGGGGCUGUCAAAGUAUGUCAAUCCUACAUUCCUGGACUUACCCUUCCCAUGCAUUCUUUCCUCUAUUACUUUAUUCUAUUGUGCAUAAAGUGCAUUGCCUGUGCUAGUGGACUCUUAUGUACCAUUAACAUUUCCUGGGCCUCUUCGAUUAGAGGACAACUGCCAUGGACGAGCUUGUGGUUAAGUUUCACAUUACACUGUUCUGCAGUGCAUGGUUGGUUUUUCUAUUUAAAUGCUAAAUACUUUGAUUUCACAAAUUGAAAAAACUUGACUUCCUAAAAACAUAACAUGAUUAUGCCUAUUUUGGCUGAACACAUUAACAAAAACAUUGACUUU